AUGGCGGACAUCGGAUUCAUCGGGCUCGGCAAUAUGGGAGGGCCCAUGGCCGCCAAUCUGGCGGCGGCCGGCCAUGCUGUCACGGCCUUCGAUAUCAGCACGCAGGCGCUGGAGAAGGCGCGCGAAGCAGGGGCUGCGACGGCGAGCUCGGUCGCCGAGGCUGCGGCCGGGCGUGAGGUGGUCAUCACCAUGCUGCCGGCCGGCGCCGAGGUGUCGGAGGUCUAUCGCGGCGAGGGCGGAGUCCUCUCGGUCGCGGCGCCGGGAACGCUGCUCAUCGACUGCUCGACCAUCGACGUCGAUACCGCCCGCGCGGUCGCGCGCGACGGCGGCGGAAGGCGGCUGGCCGCUGCUGGAUGCGCCGGUCUCCGGCGGUGUCGCCGGCCUUCGGGAUGGCGGACCGGCUCGGGCUCGAGACGCCAGACGCUCUUCGACAUCGUCUCCAAGGCGACCGGCCAGUGCUGGGCGCUUACCUCCUACUGCCCGGUGCCGGGGCCGGUGGCGAGCGCGCCGUCGAACCGCGACUACGCGCCGGGGUUCACGGCCCCGAUGAUGCUGAAGGACCUGCGCCUCGCCCAGGCCGCCGCGGCCUCGGCCGGCGCGGCAUCGCCGCUCGGCGCCGAGGCGGUGGCGCUCUACACGCUCUUCUGCAACGCAGGCUUCGGGGCCGACGAUUUCUCCGGCAUCAUGAAGAUGAUCGGCCAGCGAGACUGA